CACGGGCGAGCACGUGUGUGUGUGUGUGUGUGUUGAGUGAAAUGUCAGAGCUGUGACGUCGUUGAUGUUGUCUUCAUGGAUCCGUCGGCUGUCGCGCGCACCGAGGAAGAAGUUUGAACUACAUUAAACAAGCUCGCGUCGUUCCCUCCUCUGCUGUUUUUUUUUCUUUCUUUAUUUCUCUCUUUCUUUCUUUCGUUCUUUCUUUGCUUAUAUGUAUACACGUGUUAGCCCUUUCUUGCACCUUUACUCACGGUACCCCAUGUCGCAGGUCUUUAUUUCUUUCGGAAACUGUAAGUUGACUGUUUUGAGCACAUUUUAGGAUGGACUCUGCCUACAUGUCGAAUUCGUCUCCUACAACCUUCAGGCCAGAGGAAGCCCUUUCGCCAGAACAUGAGCAGUACAACAAUGUGCUCAUGCCCAGCAUCUUUGGUGUCAUCUGCUUCUUCGGGAUCGUUGGUAACUGCAUCGUGAUCUACACCAUUGUGAAGGAAACCAAGCUCUGCUCCCAGCAGACAGUCCCAGACAUAUUCAUCUUCAGCUUGUCCAUCGCGGACCUCCUCUUCCUCCUCGGCAUGCCCUUUCUCAUCCACCAGCUUGUGGGCAACGGCUCCUGGUGCUUCGGUGGCACCAUGUGCACCGUCAUCACGGCGCUGGACUCCAACAGCCAGAUUGUCAGCACGUACAUCCUGACUGUGAUGACCCUGGAUCGCUACCUGGCCACUGUCCACCCCAUCCGCUUCAAACAUGUCCGCACCCCCUUCGUGGCCGGGGCGGCGGUCGCUCUGGUGUGGGUCUUUUCACUGGUCUCCAUCACUCCGGUGUGGAUGUACACAGGACUCAUGCCCCUCAAGGAUGGCUCAGUCGGCUGUGCUCUCCUGCUGCCCAACCCAGCCACAGAUACAUACUGGUUCACCCUCUACCAGUUCUUCCUCGCCUUUGCUCUGCCUUGGGUGGUCAUCUGCGGGGUCUUCUUCAAGAUUCUCCAAAACAUGUCAGCUACGGUUGCCCCGCUGCCCCAGCCCAGCCUGAGGGUGCGGACGAGAAAGGUGACCCGCAUGGCGGUGGCCAUAUGCCUGGCGUUCUUCACGUGCUGGGCCCCCUACUACAUCUUGCAGCUGGUCCACCUUGGAGUGCAGCGGCCCACCUUUGCCUUCCUGUACGCCUACAACAUCGCUAUCAGCAUGGGCUACGCCAACAGCUGCAUUAACCCGUUUAUCUACAUCGUACUAAGUGACACGUUUAAGAGGAAGUUCAUCGUAGCCAUCCGACCGUCCCACAGGACGUUCAGGGUCGCCCCUGCCCUGGCUGAUGGCAGCAUGUGUCUGAGGAUGGCUCCCGACAGCCUCCAUCCAUCUCACCUGCACUCAUCAGGGGAACUGCUUCAAAACAUGCUGCCUGUUACUGUGGCUGUGCACUGAGAUUGGCCGUCCAGAAGCGUUGCCAGCAAGUCUCCAGCUGCCACUACUGACAAACACUUCUCUGUCCCUGAAAGCAUAAUUAAAGAGAGGUUUCCGUUCCAAUUGUGACUCUACUGAACUUUAAAGUGCAUUUAUUUGCGGAGUGGUGAUGUAAUCUGUGACAUUUUUUAGGCAUUUUCAGUGUUAGUGAUAGGUACUCAACAUUUUACUUAAAAGGCAAAAAAAUGAACAGUACAUUGAAUUUUCCAAAGCCAUGUUUGGUUAGACUCAGCCUGAUACAGAAAAUCAACAUGCAAUGAUAGAAAUGAAUAUAUAUAUCUUCAAAACUCUUCUUUAUUUACAAUUCGUUGUGUUAUGAUUUUUAUUUGUAAUUUGUAAUUUCAACAGUAAUUAUUACAUAUUGCACCUUUAAACCCCCCCCUGAAUUUUACUGGGGGUAAGCAAGUUGAUUAAUCACUGUGCGUCUGUGACGUCUUUUGGAUGCAUCGUCGAUUAACUCUCAAAACAGCCAGUGAUAUUGUGGUUAUAUAGAAAUUGUGCAAAAAAAAAAAUAUAUAUAUACACUCGUUGCAUGAAAAGUAACAGAACGAAUGCAACAUUAUGCAGAAAUUGGCUUUUGUGUGACCCCACCCCCCCUGCCCUGAGUGCAACACCACUGUGAUGUAAACGUGUAUAUAACGCUGUGAUCCUGCCCUCUCACUGAAGUUACACCGUGCAGAAGCAAGUGACACCAUUCACCAUAUUACAAGUCACUGUACCAUCAACAUGAUCUUGAAGCUGUUAUUUUAAGGUGAAACAGUCACAUAAUGUUGCUUUAAAGGCUUUUACUAAAUAAUAUCACUGUAGCAAAAUAAAAUUGCAUGGUUCUGCACCACAAGAUUAUCAUUCAUAUGAUCUGAAAUAUGAUUUUUUUAAAAUAUUCUUUUAAUAGCUAACUGUGCUAGCUGUUUGUAUGUUGCAAGCUGUGAUUAGUAUUGGUGGAUAACAGAGUUUACAGUGCAGGUCCUUAUGUAUGUCUGUUAUACAUUUUUGACCAAGAUGACCGUGGCACAAAUUGGAAAAAAAAAAAUCCUCCUCCGAACAGAAAACUCAAUAUCUGUAUGACUCAUAAAUGUUUAACUUUUUAAAUGUUUUAAUGAUAUCUUUAUUGUCCCAGAAAAAAACAAACAAACUGUAUUUACAGAUUGUUUAUGCAUGCAUAUUUAACAGCUCGUAAUACAGUCCGUAUUUGAGUGGGCAUCUUUACUGUGAUGUGACUACUGUACCUUGCUGUGUGUUUUAACUGUUAGAAUGUGCUCACGGAGGUAGAGAUGACUGUCAACAUUCAGAGGCGUGUGAAAGAGGAGCCCAAAUGCUUUUAUAACAUAUUUUCUACAGUUAUGUAUGUGAGGAGAAGUGUUGAUAAAGAGUGGAAUACAGCUGAAGUGUCUUCACUGAGUAGCAAGAAAGGCCACGCACAAAGCUUGAAAGGAAAGAGAAGUCUGCCGCGGCAGGUCAGACUUGAGAGGGCGGAAAGCAGCAUUGUCUCUUUCUUUUCCCACCAGCUUUUCACAGUGGGCCGACUGAAUGAGUGCAUGUCGAAAUGUCAGGUGGCAGGAUCUGAAGUAUCAACCGCUGAAUACUGAAAUAAAGCCAGGAUUACAUGGCGCUGACAAGAUAA